AUGAAGCCCCUCCAUAUCCUAGUCUCUGCUCUUUUGGGCGCAACCCUAUCUACCCAGCAUGUAGUCUCCGCCUUUAACCCUCUCGCCAAGAACAAUGUUGUCAACUACUGGGGCCAAAACUCAGUAUCAUUUACCGGAGGCACAGAGACUGAUCUGAUUGAUUACUGUCAAGAUAAUACGGUGGAUGUCUUCGCUGUCGCCUUCAUCUCUUCGAUCCAGAACGGUGCUCCAGUGCUGAACCUUGCAAAUCACUGUUGGGAUAAGUUCCCUGGUUCGAACCUCCUUAACUGUCCCAAGAUUGGUCGUGACAUUAAAGCUUGCCAAGCUAGGGGUAAAGCUGUAGUGAUCUCGAUUGGUGGCGCCUCAGGCUCAUACUCCUUACCCGAUGCCACAUCUGGCCGUGCAUUUGCUGAAAAGGUCUGGGACAUGUUUUUAGGUGGAUCGUCCACAACACGCCCAUUUGGUGAUGCAAUCCUCGAUGGCGUUGACCUAGAUUUGGAAUCCGGUCAGAAUGCAGGUUACGUAGCUUUCAUUGCGACAUUGCGUCAAAAGUUUGCUAGCUCAUCCAAGCGCUUCUACAUCACUGCCGCUCCUCAAUGCCCCUAUCCUGAUCAAGCGACUAAGGAAGCUUUGGCGCAGUCCUGGUUUGAUCUGGUCUGGGUCCAGUUCUAUAACAAUUACUGCGGUGUUCAGAGUUUCGGCACCAGCAACUUCAAUUUUAACACAUGGAAUAAUUGGGCCACGACUGUCUCGCAGAACAAGAACGUCCGCAUUCUCCUCGGUGUCCCUGGGGGCCCUGACGCCGCAGGAUCUGGCGUGAUCGAUGCCAACAGGCUUAAAACAAUCUUGGCCAGCAUCCGUACCUAUUCCAACUUUGGUGGUGUCAUGAUGUGGGAUGCUGGCGUAGCUUUCAAGUCUGGUCUAGCUGCCGCUGCUGCUCAGUACCUACAUGGGUCUUUAGUUGCUGCUGCUAUUGAGCCUAGAAAAUCGGAACUUGCACCUAGAGCCGAUGCCCCAAGUCUCACUCCAUCCAACGUGAAACUCUCUACUGUGGCCAAGCCUGCUUGGACUCUCCCUAAGGUUCCCAUGCGCGGAGCCCAAGCACCUGUCCCUGCAUUGACCACAACGAUCAAGGUCUCGGCAGCUACCCCUACACUAGCUGUAAAGAUUCCUAACGGUGUUGAAGGAAGCGCGCCGUACGUGUUCACUAUCAAGCUCCAGGGAGAUUCAGACGAAAAUCCAUCUCUGGCUAGCUUUGACAUUGUCAUUGCAGCUCAGUGCCAGAAGUAA